AUGUCGUCCACCGGAAAAGUCAAGGCUGCCCAGCUCUGGGGCAAGAACAAGGAGGAACUCAAGAAGCAGCUGGAUGACCUUAAGCAAGAGCUCGUGCAAUUGCGGACGCAGAAGAUUGCCGGUGGUGCGCAGUCGAAAUUGACCAGAAUCCACGAUGUUCGCAAAUCGAUCGCCCGCGUCCUCACCGUCAUCAACACCACCCAGCGCCAGCAGCUCCGCAUCUUCUACAAGGGCAAGAAGUACAUCCCGCUCGACCUCCGCCCGAAGCAGACGCGCGCGAUGAGGAGACGGUUAACGAAGGAGGAGGCGAGCCGUGUGACGGAGAAGCAGAAGAAAAGGCAGAGGCAUUUCCCGCAGAGGAACUACGCUGUGAAGGCGGAGUAA